AUGAAGAAGUCAAACUUCUUUGUUCUAUUGCUACUGGCAAUAUCGGCGAUACAAAUUGAUGGAUUGCAUUACCAACUUCUUGACGGGAUCGCAACUUUUCGAUUAGACAACGAUGACACAACAAUUGGAGGAGUUCCAAGGAAUUCACAAGGAGUCGUUAAAAUCAAAUUGAGCUGCGGAUUGAAUAGACUUUCAGUUGAGAACAAGGUUACGGAAGUUUCAAGUUUGGAAUUGAUUCACAACUGCAUCCAAACAGAGACCAGGCUUGUCGGACUCUUUUUGAACUCAACUUGGAUUACUUUGAAUGAAGUGAAUGAUGACGAUGAGAUCAGUAUUGCUGUGGAGGCGAAAUAUGAAGUUUGUUAUGAUGACGGUAUCGACAGAUGUGAUGGCUCCCUAUGGUGGCUCCAAGUCGGUGGAAACGAGAUGGCGUUGCUGGGCUACCGAGAGAAGUGUGAGAGCGGAGAGAUCAACGAAGAGUAUGCGAGAAGAAUGUGCAAGCGACCUUAUCGUUCUGAAAAGAGCACAGCUAUCAGUGAUAGUCAAGGAGUGUAUUAUGAUGGGCAGGUACUUAAGGGUGUCAGGGCAAAACAGUUUAGCAUGAGGACUUCUGGAUCACCUACUUUGAGAAGAAUGAAACGAGACGCUGGUGAUAAUACUUGCGACUACACUAUUGAGUCAACUUCAACCUCGACUACAACUCCAACUACCACAACCGUGACUAGUACCGUGACAUCUACAACAACCGUCCCAACAAGUACAAGUACGGUGACUACCGCAAUGAGCACAAGCACAUCAACUCCAUCAACAUCCACCACCAUCGAAUCCACGUCAACAACGUUCACUUCCACAGCAUCCACGUCGACAUCAUCAACUAGCACAACUCAGCAGAGUUCUAGCACAAUCACAAGCUCGCCGAGCUCCACCACACUGAGUACAAGUAUUCCAACCACUACAACACCCGAAAUCACAUCAACUUUGUCGUCUCUCCCGGAUAAUGCGAUUUGCUCCUACCUUGACGAGACCACUACGUCUACCACUUUCACCACCACUAUGUUGACAUCCACUACUACCGAAGAACCAUCUACUUCCACAACCACAACAGAAGUUACAUCUACAUCUUCUACUGUUACAACAACUGAACCAACCACUACUUUGACCACCUCGACUGCUUCAACGUCAACAACCGAACCAUCGACGAGUACUGUAACUACUUCCCCGUCAACAUCCCCUGUGACUUCUACGGUGACAUCUAGUUCAAGCUCCUCGACUACUGUAACGACCCCAACAAGCACUGAGUCCACAUCGACAUCUCCUUCGUCUACAGUAACAACCAGCACAACUGCUCCUUCAACAUCAACUACUGGGCCAUCGAGUUCUUCUUCCACUCCAAGUUCAACGGCUUCUUCGUCUGUGUCAAGCACCGCUUCUUCUACUCAAUCAUCCACGUCUACUCAGCAAAGUUCAACAACAACAAAAUCUGAGACAACUACUAGCUCGGACGGAACUAAUCCAGACUUCUAUUUUGUAGAAAAGGCAACUACAACGUUCUAUGAUUCCACAAGUGUGAACCUAACGCUUAAUUCCGGCCUCGGAAUCAUUGGAUAUCAAACAUCCAUCGAAUGUACAAGCCCUACAUCUUCUAAUUAUGUUUCAACCACUAAAGACGGAGCAUGUUUCACGAAAAGUGUAUCAAUGCCACGUCUCGGAGGGACGUACCCUGCUAGCACAUUCGUUGGUCCUGGAAACUACACCUUCAGAGCAACUAUGACAACCGACGAUAAAAAAGUUUACUACACGUAUGCGAACGUUUAUAUUCAGGAAUAUUCUUCCACCACCAUAGAGUCGGAAUCUUCUACAUCUGCUGUAGCAAGCUCUACGUCAUCUACACCAUCAACUCCAUCUUCCACAUUAUCAACAUCCACAGUCACAGAGCCGUCAUCCACACGUUCAAGCGAUUCUACGACAACGUCGGCUGGGAGCACAACUACUUUACAAGAAUCCACAACAACUUCCGAAGAAAGUACUACUGAUUCCAGUACAACUACCAUCUCGGACACAUCCACAACUUCUUCCAGUCCGAGUUCUACCACUGCUGAUUCAACUUCCACUUUGUCAGUCGAUCAGUUCGAUUUCAUCUUGGACAGUGGAUUGUCAUGGAACGAGACACGUCACAAUGAAGACAGCAUCAACAUUGUACCUUUACCAACUAAUGCCAUUACUCCUACUGAGAGAAGCCAAACAUUUGAAUGCAGAAAUGUGUCUACUGAGCCUUUUCUUAUAAUUAAGGAAUCCACUUGCUUAAACUACUCAAACACGGUCCUAAACGCAACUUAUUCUUCUAAUAUUCCAAUUCAACCAAUUGAAACAUUUCUUGUUGGCAUUGGCACCUAUGAGUUUCGAAUCAACAUGACGGAUUUGACGACAAUGCAAGUGGUCAGCCACAUUUUCACAUUGAAUGUUGUUGCGGAUUCAACAAGUACAUCCGAAGUUACCAGUACAACUUCAACUGGAUCUUCUUCCGAAAGUUCAGCCAUUUCCACAACUUCAGGAAUUGAAUCUACGUCGACUUUGGAAGCUAGCACGACUGAUGCUUCACAAGACAGUUCUACAUCAACAUCGGAUUCUGGCACAACUUCAGAUUCCACCACCAUAGACUCAUCUAACUCAACUCCAUCCACUUCAGAUUCAUCUGGUUUAUCUCAAACACCAUCCGAUUCAUCAAGUGCAUCUGAUAGCAUGAGAACAACAACUGUGGAUCCAGACGCAAGUACAGAAACCCCUUACGACUUUGUAUUGGAAAAUUUGACAUGGAACGAGACAGUGUAUUACUCUGAAAAUCCAUUUUAUAUUACACCAAUUCCAAACAAAGAGCCCGGAGCUUUAACGACUGCUAUGACCUGUCAAUGUCGAAACGAUUCUUCUCAGCCAUUUGUUUUACUGAAGGAAAGCAAUUGCUUGACAGAGUUUGGAAAAAAUGGUGCAUAUAGUGCCUCCGUAUCUUUCAACCCAAUGACCAGCUUUGUACCUGCAACUGGAACUUAUGAAUUCUUAAUUAAUGUUACCAAUCGUGCAUCUGGAGAAUCUGCCAGUCACAUCUUUACUAUGAAUGUAGUUCUUCCAACUACAACUACUGAAACCCCACCAACCACUGUCAGCUCGUCGGAUGAUGCCGGUGGCAAAACCGGUGGAACUGGAGCUACUGGGGGAACUGGUGGAACAGGUUCAGGAGGAUCUGCGACAACUCUUAGCACGGGUGAUGCAGUCAGAUCAACCACUUCUGGAUCUGGAAGUGGACAAUCAUCAACGGGAUCGGGGGCUGGUGGAUCAGGAACGACCGCUUCUGGAAGUGGGUCAGGGGGGUCUUCAGGGACGGGUUCGGACGGGGUAAACUCUGGAAAAACAACGGCAUUGAAUGGAGAUGGUACAGGAUCUGGAACAGCUACCACACCAGGAUCCCAUUUAGGAGACGGUGGUAGUACAUCUGGCUCAGGAUCAGAUUCAAAUGGAUCUUCUGGUGUUUCAACCAAGAGCUCAUCUGGCUCCGAUACGUCUGGAUCUUCCGAUUCCUCUGGUGCAAAUGGUGCAUUCUCUGCUACCGCGCAACCAUCUACAAGAACUACUAAAACUCGCAGCUCUCUUGCAACAGUUUCUCCAAUUUCUGCAGCUGAACAAGCGAUCAUAGAUGCUCAAAAAGCUGAUGUAAUGAACCAACUGGCUGGGAUAAUGGAUGGAUCUGCAUCCAACAACUCUCUAAACACAAGCAGCUCUCUUCUCAAUCAAAUCUCAUCUCUACCUGCCGCAGAUCUAGUGGAAGUUGCUCAAAGUUUGCUCUCAAAUACCCUCAAAAUCCCUGGAGUCGGAAAUAUGUCAAGUGUUGAUGUUUUGAAAACAUUGCAAGACAAUAUUGCAACAACAAAUUCGGAAUUGGCCGACGAAAUGGCAAAAGUUAUCACUAAACUAGCAAAUGUCAAUAUGACUUCCGCACAAUCCUUGAACUCCGUACUGUCUUCUCUCGAUCUUGCUCUCAAAGGAAGUACAGUCUAUACCUUGGGAGUAUCAAGUACAAAAUCAAAAGAUGGAACUUACGCGGUUAUUUUUGGAUAUGUUAUUGCAUCGGGAUAUACAUUGGUAUCGCCUAGGUGUACGCUCAGCAUUUACGGAUCUACAAUAUACCUUACAGGAGAUACCCGGGCAUCUUAUAAACAGCUUGAUGGAGAUACCGUUACUGCGGACACUAUGCUAGCAGCUGCCAUCGGAAUCCAAGGAAUGUUCGCAACAAAUGGAAGGACUGUGCAAGUUGAGCAGGAUAAAAUAGAUGACAAACGAUCACUGGUUUCUGGAAAUAUAAUGGCUACAAUGAGUGGAGUUGGAGAUGUUCAAUCAGGGGAAUAUAGUUAUAAUGAUAUGUAUGUAACUGCUUGGAAUGUCACUUAUGACAAUUCAACAGUAGGAUCCACAAGUCAGAAGAACACUUCAUUUUCGUUCAAUAUCCCAGUCUCAGAAGUUCAAUACAUAUUAUUGAUUGAAUCUGGAACAAUGAUAAAACUGCAUUCUACUCAAAAUAUUGUAUCUAGAGGACUAGUAGUAACUGCAUCAUAUGGUGGAGUUACUUACACAAUAACUUGCACGAAUGGAACAGGAAAGUUUGUUGAAGUAGACACAGAUAAUGCCAUUUUCUCAUACAAUGCUGACAGCUUCACGGUUGUGGCAUCAGAUGGAUCCUCAGCGAGCACGGUUAAGAAGUUGAUUCAGAUGCCGAUAGUUAUUGAGAACGUCAACCUUGCUUUAUUCAAUCAAACUACUUCUCCACUUGUGUUCUCAAACGCGGGAAGUUAUUCAAUGCGAAUGGUGCUGUCUCCGCAGGACAUUGGAAUUCCAGCUGUCUCUGCUUUAUCUCAAACUGUCUCAAUAUCUACUCUUUCACCGACGGCUUCGUACACCAAAGAUGAUUUGCAAUCAUUGAUUAAGGAACAAACACUUGUCACCGUUUCGGGAACUCUAUUCUUCUCCAAAGCGUCAUCCAUCGAUGUCAGCGGCUACUCAUUUUUCGUAGACUCCACCGCCCUUUAUUUGUCAAACUCUGUGACAACUCUGGUGAUCAGUUCUCCCACCUACAAUAUUGUUUCUUUGGCGCUUGGAGGUUACGGUAUUCAGAUAACAGCCGGAACUUACACAUCUGGUUCUCAAACUCAUACGGUAACUUUAAUGGAAUUCUCUGACACACAGAAAAUGAGAAUCGAUGGAGGGUUGAUUAUUAGAAAUGGAACGAAUGGAUAUGUAAUUCAGAAUGGACAAGUUUCGACGGAAGGCGAUGUUUCGGGAACUAAAAUUGAUAUUGUGCCGCAAAGUUUGAUGAAUCAAGAAUCCCAGCAACAAAUUGAAACGAUUCUUAGCAAUACUCAAGAUUUUCUUACAAAUAAUGGAAUGACUAUGACAGAUGCAGAGAUUAAUGAUACAUCCAACUCUCUCCUUUCAAUUGCGGGAUCUUUAACAUCAGCGUUGAAGAUUGCUCUCGACAAUCCUCUUUCUUCUGAUCUAGCUGCCAAUUUGAAAUAUGCAACAGAUAACUAUGAUUCCUUGUACAACGUGCUACCAAGUGAUCCAGACAAUAUUGUGUACGUGGAGGAAAUGACGUCAGAAGAAUGGGCUGCUUACGUCACAAAAAUGUUCCAGAAGAACAUCGCCAAAAAUCUAGCCAACCAACUUGCAUCUACACUAGAUACCCUGGAAAACACGCUAGCAGCUAGAGCUAUAGCAACUGGCAACUUACCUUAUGACUACUCGAAUAGCGUCGACGGAACCGGAAUGGUAAUCGUUAUCGAUGAUGCAUCAAAUAUUGUAGGAAAAACUCAAAACUGUGAAGAAUGGGCAUUCAAACUUCCAUCGCCCGCUUCAACUCUGAAUACUGCUGAGAUCACAGAUAAAACACUGAUUCAAGUUGGAUUAGUUUGCUAUGCCACAAACCCGAGAACUUAUGUGGAUAACUUUGAUAUGUUAAUUACCUCAGGUGCACUUGAAGCACAUAUCAAAGAUGAGAAUCAGAUAAUCAUUCCAAUAACCGGAACUACUGCUCCAAUUUAUGUGAACGGCAGGGGAAGUGAGGAUGAUGCAGUGCUAACUUUAAUGCAACAAGGAGACUUUGCCAGUUAUCAGAUAUUAGAUCUUCAUGCUUUUCGAACCACUAACUGGAACAACUCGCUUCAAGUAGAGAUUAUUGCAUCUCAAGACUAUGAAAUUCCAAACAACGAUGACACCUACAUGUUCUCAUCAUUCCAAAGUCUUCCUGGCCCACUUGAAUCAAAUCAUGAAUGGAUCUUUGACUUGAACACAUUGAACAAGACAAGCAAUUAUUUUGUCACCGCCGGAAAUUUGAUCAACAACACUGGACUUUUCUUUAUUGGAAUUGGAAAAAGAAAUAGCUCUACUAACACUGGAAAUAGUUCGGAUAUUGUAAACUAUGGUCAGUACGAUUCAAUGCAGUGGUCAUUUGCACGAAGUGUACCAAUGGAUUAUCAAGUCGCUGCAGUGAGUAAAGGAUGUUACUUCUAUCAGAAAACAUCGGAUGUCUUCAAUUCUGAAGGAAUGUAUCCAAGUGAUGGACAAGGAAUGCAGUUCGUUAAUUGUUCAACUGAUCAUUUAACAAUGUUCUCUGUUGGUGCAUUCAAUCCAACUAUUGAUGCAGAUUUCUCUUACAAUUAUAAUGUGAAUGAAAUCGAAAAGAAUGUGAAAGUGAUGAUUGCCGCUGUUUUCAUGCUAGUAGUUUACGGAUGUCUUACCAUCAAUGCAAUCAUCUGUCAACGUAAAGAUGCAUCACGCGGGAGACUUCGUUUUCUGAAAGACAAUGAGCCUCAUGAUGGAUACAUGUAUGUGAUUGCCGUGGAGACUGGAUAUCGAAUGUUUGCAACUACGGAUAGUACGAUAUGUUUCAAUUUAUCUGGAAAUGAAGGGGAUCAGAUUUUCCGAUCGUUCAGAUCAGAAGAAGAUGGUAAUUGGGAGUUUCCGUUUUCAUGGGGAACCACUGAUCGAUUUGUGAUGACAACGGCAUUCCCUCUUGGCGAGUUGGAAUACAUGAGACUCUGGCUUGACGAUGCUGGUCUAGAUCACCGAGAGUCGUGGUAUUGCAAUCGAAUAAUUGUGAAAGAUCUACAGACUCAGGAUAUCUACUACUUCCCUUUCAACAAUUGGCUUGGAACUAAAAACGGAGACGGAGAGACUGAAAGACUAGCGCGAGUGGAGUAUAAGCGAAGGUUUUUGGAUGAGUCAAUGAGUAUGCAUAUGCUGGCUCAAACAAUUUCCUGGUUUGCCAUGUUUACUGGUGGAGGCAAUCGGUUGAGGGAUCGAGUGUCAAGGCAAGACUAUUCUGUCAGUAUCAUCUUCUCACUUGUUGUGGUCAGCAUGAUUAGCAUCACAAUUCUGAAGAGCGAUAAUUCGAUUAUCAGUGAUUCGAAGAGUGUCUCCGAGUUCACUUUCACUAUAAAAGAUAUUGCAUUCGGAGUUGGAUUCGGUGUUCUUAUCACUUUCCUCAACUCAUUGCACAUUUUAUUAUGCACCAAAUGUCGUUCCCACAGUGAACAUUACUACUACAAAAAACGAAAGAGAGAGGAUCCGGAAUUCAAGGAUAAUAGUGGUUCAUGGCCGAUGUUCAUGGCUGGGAUGGCACGUACCAUCAUAGUAUUUCCAGUUCUCAUGGGUCUUAUUUAUAUUUCUGGAGCUGGAAUGAGCUUGAUGGAUGAUUUAGCCAACUCUUUCUAUAUCCGAUUUCUGAUCAGUCUGAUUCUAUGGGCAGUGGUGUUCGAGCCAAUUAAGGGAUUGAUUUGGGCGUUUUUAAUUUUGAAAACCAGAAAGAGUCAUAAAAUCAUUAACAAGUUGGAGGAAGCAUUGCUAAGAGCUAAGCCAGCUGAGACGUUCUUGAGAAAUCCCUAUGGGAAAAUCGAAAAAGGUCUGGGAACCGAAAUUGCUGAUGUUACAAAGCUCCGAGACACUGAAAACCGAAAAAUGAGAGAUGAACAGUUAUUUAUAACCAUUCGUGAUAUGCUUUGUUUCUUUGCUUCUUUGUAUAUUAUGGUUAUGCUGACAUACUAUUGCAAAGACCGGCAUGGAUAUUGGUAUCAGUUGGAGAUGAGCACAAUCUUGAACAUCAAUCAAAAGAACUACGGUGACAAUACUUUCAUGUCAAUCCAACAUGCUGACGAUUUCUGGGAUUGGGCUCGUGAAUCUCUGGCCACUGCUCUUUUGGCUUCUUGGUACGACGGAAAUCCUGCAUACGGGAUGAGAGCCUACAUGAAUGAUAAAGUUUCAAGAAGUAUGGGAAUAGGUACGAUACGGCAGGUUCGGACAAAGAAAAGUGCAGAGUGUACGAUGUUCAAGCAGUUUCAAGGAUACAUCAAUGAUUGUGGAGAGGAGUUGACAAGCAAAAACGAAGAAAAAACUUUGUACAUGCAAGCUGGUUGGACCGAACUGGAAUCCGAGAAUGGAACAGAUGCUUCAGAUGAAUACACCUACAAGACUUCUGAAGAAUUAUCCACUGAAACAGUUUCAGGCCUACUGUAUAGCUAUUCAGGAGGUGGAUAUACUAUCAGUAUGUCUGGUACCCAAGCGGAAAUCAUCACUCUCUUCAAUAAACUUGAUUCGGAACGAUGGAUCGAUGAUCAUACUCGAGCAGUCAUCAUUGAGUUCUCUGCAUACAAUGCUCAAAUCAACUACUUUUCGGUGGUACAGUUGUUGGUGGAGAUUCCAAAGUCAGGAAUUUAUCUUCCUAAUAGUUGGGUUGAAUCAGUAAGACUUAUCAAAUCAGAGGGAAGCGAUGGAACUGUGGUCAAGUAUUAUGAGAUGCUUUACAUCUUUUUCUCAGUUCUCAUAUUUGUAAAAGAGAUUGUGUUCUACUUGUAUGGGCGGUACAAGGUGAUAACAACAAUGAAACCAACGAGAAAUCCAUUCAAAAUUGUGUAUCAGCUGGCACUGGGAAACUUCUCACCAUGGAACUUCAUGGACUUGAUAGUUGGAGCUCUCGCUGUUGCAUCGGUCCUAGCCUACACCAUCCGCCAACGAACCACAAAUAGAGCAAUGGAAGAUUUCAAUGCAAACAAUGGAAAUUCGUACAUUAAUUUGACUGAACAGAGAAAUUGGGAGAUUGUAUUCAGUUAUUGUCUUGCCGGAGCCGUAUUCUUCACUUCUUGUAAAAUGAUUCGAAUCUUGAGAUUCAACAGAAGAAUUGGAGUAUUAGCGGCUACACUGGAUAACGCUCUCGGAGCUAUUGUGUCAUUUGGAAUUGCUUUCCUGUUCUUCAGCAUGACAUUCAACUCUGUAUUGUACGCAGUUUUAGGAAAUAAAAUGGGAGGAUAUCGGAGCUUAAUGGCUACCUUUCAAACAGCAUUGGCUGGAAUGCUUGGAAAACUUGAUGUUACCUCUAUUCAACCGAUUUCUCAAUUUGCGUUUGUUGUGAUCAUGCUUUAUAUGAUUGCCGGAUCAAAGCUCGUCCUGCAACUUUACGUCACUAUAAUUAUGUUCGAGUUCGAGGAAAUUCGUAAUGACAGUGAGAAGCAGACCAAUGAUUACGAAAUAAUCGAUCACAUAAAAUACAAGACAAAACGUCGCUUGGGUCUUCUUGAACCAAAAGAUUUUGCUCCAGUUUCAAUUGCUGACACUCAAAAAGACUUCCGUCUAUUCCACAGCGCUGUUGCCAAAGUCAAUCUGCUUCAUCAUCGUGCCACCAGAAUGCUCCAAACUCAAGGUCAAUACCAAAACCAAACAGUCAUCAACUACACACUCUCCUAUGAUCCUGUCUCUGCUAUUCACGAAACUGGACCAAAGAGAUUCCAGAAGUGGCGGCUAAACGAUGUGGAGAAAGAUUGAUUUUUGAGGGCUACCUAAUUUGGAUAUCAAGAAUAAAUAAUUGUGUUAAUAGUUUGUUUUUCAGUUUUUUUUUCAUUUUUAUGACCGCAGAAAAGUAAUAUUCAAUACAAAAACAUAAGAACAAAGGCAUGAUGGGUCAUUUAGAUUAAUUUACAAUAAAAUCUACAUAAAUUUCCUAA